CUUCUUCUGUUCUUCUUCUUCUUCCUCUUCUUUUUUUUCAUUUUUUAAUUUUGUUUUUAUUUUUAUGUUAAUUAAACGCCGCCGUAUUGGGCCUUAGGUCUGAUGUGUUUAUGAAGCGAAGGUGAUCAAACCCGACCCGACUCGAUCCACCCUGACCCACCCGGUUCGGGUCCAGGUACUGGUGUAUUAGAGAGAGUGAGAGACGGAGAAGAAGGUUUGCGCUUGCCUCAUCUUCAAGAAAGAAAUCAAAUUCGCUCUCUUCGCCAUCAACCAUGUUAACAGUCAGUGUGAAGUGGCAAAAGAAAGUGUUUGAGAGUAUCGAGAUUGAUACUAGCCAGCCUCCUUAUGUUUUCAAGGCUCAGUUGUAUGAUUUGAGUGGUGUACCUCCAGAGCGGCAAAAGAUCAUGGUCAAAGGUGGACUUUUGAAGGAUGAUGCAGAUUGGACCACUUUGGGACUGAAAAAUGGUCAAAAAUUGAUGAUGAUGGGAACUGCAGAUGAAAUAGUGAAGGCUCCAGAGAAAGGUCCAGUUUUUUUGGAGGAUCUUCCUGAAGAAGAGCAGGCUGCUAAUCUGGGUUACAGUGCUGGCCUAGUCAAUCUUGGAAACACCUGCUACAUGAACUCAACGAUGCAAUGUUUAAAAUCUGUCCCAGAGUUGAAAUCUGAAUUAUCCGAUUACCAAUCUGUCCAAACCAAGGAUGUGGAUCAAACGUCUCACAUGCUUACAGUUGACCGUGAGUUAUUUAGUGAGCUUGAUAAAAGUGUCAAGGCUGUUGCACCUAUGCCGUUCUGGAUGAUGUUACAGAAAAAAUAUCCUCAGUUUGCUCAGUUGCAUAACGGGAAUCACAUGCAACAGGAUGCUGAAGAAUGUUGGACACAAAUGCUGUACACUCUUUCCCAAUCCCUAAAACCACCAUCGCCUAGCGAAGAUCCUGAUGCUAUAUAUGACAUUUACUGUCCAGGUUCAUUAUGUAGGUUGCAUUGCCAAGAAAGUAGCGAAGAAAGCUCAGAGACAGAAUCUGUCUUUUCUCUUAAAUGUCACAUAUCACAUGAGGUGAAUCACCUGCAUGAAGGAUUAAAACAUGGACUGAAAGGAGAACUUGAAAAAACAUCUCCUGCUCUGGGUCGUACAGCGGUUUACAUAAAGGAUUCUCUUAUAGAUUCAUUGCCAAGGUACUUGACUAUUCAGUUUGUGAGAUUCUUCUGGAAACGGGAGAGUAAUCAGAAAGCAAAAAUUCUCCGGAAAGUGGACUAUCCGUUGGAGUUGGACAUAUAUGAUCUUUGUUCUGAGGAUCUUAAGAAGAAACUGGAAGCUCCUCGCCAGAAACUGAGAGAUAUUGAAGGUCAAAAGCUUGGUCUGCAAGCCAGUGCAAAAAGUAGCUUAAAGGGUGAUGAUGUGAAAAUGACUGAUGCUGAGGGAUCAUCGGUUGGCGAAUCAUCCACCAGUGACCAACAGGUAGGUUCUCCUUCUCACAUGACCGGAAUUUAUGACCUGGUCUCGGUGUUGACCCACAAAGGCAGAAGCGCAGACUCUGGGCGUUAUGUUGCAUGGGUCAAGCAAGAGAGUGGUAAGUGGGUUCAAUACGAUGAUGCUAACACAAGCCUUCAACGGGAAGAAGAUAUCACUAAACUCUCUGGAGGAGGUGAUUGGCAUAUGGCAUACAUAGUAAUGUACAAGGCCCGUCUCAUCUCCAUGUAAUCUCUUCUCUUUUAUUUUAUCUCAGUUCUUAAAACAUUCAGAUUGUUUGAAGCUUUCUUUAGAUAGACCAUCUCCAUGCUCCUCUUUAUUUCAUUCCUAUUAAUAUUAACUUCCUUAGAUAGACUGUGUGUUUACUGUUUACCAAGGUUUUAUAAUAAGAGGUCCCAAUC